AUGGAUGGCGAUAGCAGCCAGCGGAAGAAAUACGACUUCACUUCGCAGCAACAGGGCGCUGGAAUAGGGAGGCCGCGAACGCUUCACCAUUCCAACGAGAGCUCUAUACAUCGAUUUCGGCAAAAUAACCAAGCCGCUGAUGCUCGUGGGCUUCAUGUGGACACCUUGACACAGCAGGGCCGCAAUCCUUCACUUCACCCCUACGGCGGUUUCGAGUACACCGAGUCACCAUCCUACAAUUCCCCAUCCCUUCAAAGCGGCUCACUGCAGAGUGGGGCUCUAUCCUACCAGCAUGACUUCUCUACACCAUCUUCCAGGCAGACUCCAUCACAGGCCCCGCAGCAAUCGGACCACCAAGAUCAACACCAGCAACGGAUGCCUCAGUACGACCCAGGAAUGGUCUACAAUAUGACGCCACAGGCCACACCCCACUCCCCCUACGACACGCCCUCACAUUACCAACCACGGCAUUCUGCUGCUAUUGAAGUCCUAGCUACACAAUUUGGCGUUCCGCAAUAUUAUCCAACGGAAGAAGGGCCUUCGCAGGAACCUAGCCAUUAUUUAUCUGCCCAAGUCUCCCAGACACCAUACUCCCAGCCUGCGUCCUCGAAUCGCCCGCAUAUUGCGACUUCCUUUCCCGAAUCUAUGACUGCUUUUGCUUCGGAACCCCUUCAGACACCCGAACAACCACGAGAAACCCCAUCGGGUCUUGAGGAAGCAUAUAAUCAAUACCAGCAGGCCUUAAGGCAAACAUUUGAAAAUAUCCGUGCUGGGAGGUUAAACACUGCUAGCAGGGCACUGAUCGAUAUGUCUGAAUGGCUACUGGGAAAUGCUGUAGAUCUCGGCCUCGUUCGUGAUGAAGAACAUCUACAUACCGACCGAAUAAAGCUCUGGGAUGAGUUCAAUACUUGCUGGCUUGCUCUUUUCCAAAAGCAGAAAGACAAUACACAAACAAUGUUCGAUUCUGCAUCCGCGUCACUGGAGGUACUAACAGAGGGAGUUCUGACUAAAAUGGGGAAGGAGCUGGUUCGAUUGUGUGAUAGGGUUGAACAAUAUGGACUUGUUGAUUAUCAGAUGGGUGUCUGGGAAGAAGAGAUAUUGUGUGUCCUCGGCCAAUGUCUGGACCUUGUUGAACAAUAUGAAGACUCAGUUUCGACGUCUCGAAGCCAAACAUGUGCCACCGGCCGCUAA